GUGUGUGUUUAAUAAAGCCCAAAGCAAAAUCCUGCGUUCGUGAGCUUCCAGAACCAGCAUGUCCCCCUUAAAACCAUCUCGCAAACGGAGGUUGCAAAACUUACUCUUCACUACUCAUCUCUCUCCGACUAGGAGAAAGCAGCACACAUCUCCAUCAGCUUCCCGCUAACUGAAGGAUGUCAGCCAUUGGCGUAGUGUCCUCCUGUUCCUGUCUCCGUCCUGGCGUAUGGCUGCUGAAACCAGGGAUGCAGAAGAUGAGCUCCUUCGGCUUACAUACAGCAGCCAGGUGUGCUGCCAAGGAUUAUUAUGAAGUACUUGUGUUGGGUGGAGGCACUGGUGGAAUCACCAUGAGUGCUCGGAUGAAGAGGAAAGUGGGGGCAGGAAAUGUGGCUGUUGUUGAGCCAAGUAAGACUCAUUACUAUCAGCCACUGUGGACCCUGGUUGGUGGUGGUGCAAAGCAGCUGGCAACUUCUGCACGUCCAACAGGCAGCGUAAUGCCUAAAGGUGUUGAGUGGAUCAAAUCUCGAGUUACAGCAUUGGAUCCAGAUAAGAACUGCGUCUGGCUGGAGAAUGAUAUCAAGAUAUCUUACAAGUAUCUGAUAAUUGCCCUUGGGAUUAGUCUCCAUUACGAAAAGAUCAAAGGCUUGCCUGAGGGUUUUCAUCACCCUAAAAUAGGUUCCAAUUAUUCAGUUCAUACGGUAGAGAAAACGUGGAAAGCUUUACAAGAUUUCAAGGAAGGAAAUGCUAUCUUCACUUUUCCAAAUACUCCAGUGAAGUGUGCAGGGGCUCCUCAGAAGAUCAUGUAUUUAUCAGAGGCCUACUGGAGGAAAACAGGAAAACGUUCCAAAGCAAACGUAAUGUUCAACACUUCACUUGGUGUCAUUUUUGGUGUUAAGAAGUAUGCUGGUGCAUUGCUUGAAAUAAUAAAGGAGAGGAAUAUUGCUGUUAACUAUAAGCGCAACCUUGUAGAAGUUCGAGCAGACAAGCAGGAAGCCGUGUUUGAAAACUUGGACAAACCCGGAGUGACUGAAGUUCAUCAGUAUGAAAUGCUUCAUGUCACACCCCCAAUGGGGCCACCCGAUGUACUCCUCAACAGUCCUGUCUCGGAUGAAAUUGGCUGGGUGGAUGUAGAUAAGGAAACUCUGCAACAUAAAAAGUAUCCUAAUGUAUUUGGCAUUGGAGACUGCACCAACCUUCCAACAUCAAAAACUGCUGCAGCUGUAGCUGCCCAGUCUGGAGUGCUUGAUAAAACUAUUUCCCUGGUAAUGAAGAACCAGUUGCCAACUAAAAAGUAUGAUGGAUACACUUCCUGCCCGCUAGUAACAGGCUACAACAAGGUGAUUCUAGCAGAAUUUGACUACGACGGUCAGCCUUUGGAGACCUUUCCCAUCGACCAGAGUAAGGAGAGAGUCACCAUGUACCAUAUGAAAGCCGAUAUGAUGCCUUUUCUCUAUUGGAACGCACUACUCAAGGGAUACUGGGGAGGACCGGCUCCUAUCAGGAAGCUAAUGCAUCUGGGCUUGAAGUAACUGCUGGUUCUCAGUGUUGGUCAAACUCUUUUGAAGAAAAAGGAUUGGUCUCACAGUGGAUCAAUACAGAUCUUUGCUCUUGGACAACCCCCUAGUAGACUGGUUUUUUUUUUUCUUUAAAUCAAGCUUUUGUCCUAAACUCACUUUUCCCUCUACUAGGGAUUAAGCCUUCCUAUGUUCUUUCACUGCUCUUCUAUGUAAACCAAGGCCUUAAACUACUUCUGUAGAUACACAGCGAGUUUGAACUUAAGUGUGGACUUGCCUUAAGCUACAGUACACUACUGCAAUCUUAGAGCAAUCAAUUUUAAAGCUGUUGUAUAUGUAGAAUUUUUUCCCUGACUCUAAACUGAAUUGUCUGCAGCCAAGAUCAAUGCAUGCACUGGAUUUAAGAGAAUAAUUCAAUGCUAGUAAAAUGGCCUGAAAACCUCC